AUGGCUUUGUUUCUGGCUCUUAUGGCCACUCACGCCCUGGCUAGACCUACGCCACCCGACGCCACCUUCAAUGACCAAAAGAACUUCCUUACCUACGGUGGCAUUGGUAGCUACUCUGGCAUUGGCAGCAACGGCCUCCCCUUCGGUGGCAUUGGCGGUGCAGUCGGAUCAGGCGGCGAUCUCGGUGGUGGACUAGGCGGCCCUGCUGGAGGAAUUGGUGGACUAGGUGGGUUGGGAGGAACCGGCGGUGGCAUUGGAGGCGGAGCUGGCAGUGGUCUCGGUGGUGGCUCUGGUCUUACCAAUCCCUGA